AUGUCCGAUGCGGAAGACCAGAGAGGGUUUGUCAAAUAUACCGAGCUUGGGUCCAUGAGGAAACGUUCCAAUCCUCUUGAACAGCGAUCUCGCAUUCAGGAGGAGCAACUGGAGGCGCAGCACCGGGAAAUUUGUCGUCAAGCCGCGGUGCUACGAGACGAGCCUCUGGCGGAGGAAAACCGACGCGAUUUGUUCAAUCGGCUUUCUCAACGAAAGCAGCAAGGCAAGGCUGGUCCUUCAAGCGAGGAGCCGACUGAUAUCGAGGAACCUCGUCAAGGGCCAAGACGUGGCGCACGAUUUGGUGAGACUGGCGGUGUGGGUCCAGCCUUCCACCGAGGGAUGAAUGAAAUCUUCAACAGUCUCGACGAGGCUGCGCGAAACCCAGGUAAAGCUUUCCGAAAAGCUCUUACCCCUGGAAAGAAAACCCCGUCCCGAAAGACGCCCGCCAAGAAAACGCCUGGCCGUAAAACGCCCGGCAAAAAGAGUGCGAAGAAGAUUGUCGGCUCAAUGGUCCGAGGACGACGAGAGACCUUCAAACAGUCUCCUCGCGAUCAGGCCGACCAUAACGAAGAGUUACCAAUUCAAUUGGUAGUACGUCUGCUUGGCCAGUAUUUGAACGUGGACGACCGCGAAAUUCUGGCGGAAAAAGCGGCCGAAUUGGAAGCCGAAUUCGAACGGCGAUUUGGCGUCUUUUGGAGCGAUCUCCUGAGCGGCCGCUGUCGAGUUACAUUCCUUACACGAAGCGGAAGAAGCUGGAAUGUCGACGGCCCCCAGUGGGAAAAAGAGGCCGACGAGCAAGACGAAUAA